AUGGCCGGCGGUGGGGAAGGGGAAGGGACGACGUUGGAGUACACGCCGACGUGGGUUGUCGCCGCCGUGUGCAGCGUCAUCGUCGGCAUCUCUCUGGCGGCCGAGCGCCUCCUCCACUGCGCCGGAAAGACUUUGAAGAGGAAGAACCAAAAGCCGCUCUUUGAAGCUUUACAGAAAGUUAAAGAAGAACUGAUGCUCCUUGGGUUCAUAUCUCUCAUGCUGACUGUAUUCCAAGGCCGUAUAGUCAAGAUUUGUGUACCUCAUGAUAUCAUGGUACAUCUUCUGCCAUGCUCAUUGCCAUCCGAAUCUUCUGGUGGAAAUGAAUCGAACGGCUCCCCUGAAGCGAAAGGGCAUAAUCGACGUUUGCUUGCUGAAGGAGCAGCUGGAGGUUACUGUGCUGCAAAGGAUAAGGUUCCUCUAUUAUCACUUGAAGCUGUGCAUCAUCUACACAUCUUUAUCUUUGUUCUAGCUAUUGUCCACGUGACAUUUUCUGUUCUCACGGUUGUAUUUGGAGGGGCAAAGAUACGGCAAUGGAAACGUUGGGAAGACGCUAUUGCUAAAGAUAAUUAUGACACCACACAUGCUUUGAAACCCCAGGUCACCCAUGUUCAGGAACAUGAUUUCAUCAAGAAACGAUUUUUGGGCUUGGGUAAACAAUCUGCCAUUUUGGGUUGGUUGCACUCCUUUUUUAAACAGUUCUAUGGCUCUGUCACAAAAUCAGAUUAUGCGGCUCUCAGACUUGGUUUUAUAAUGACACACUGCCGAGGAAACCCAAAGUUUAAUUUCCACAAGUACAUGAUACGUGCUUUGGAAGCCGAUUUCAAGAAAGUUGUUGGCAUAAGUUGGUAUUUGUGGGUUUUUGUCAUUCUGUUCUUGUUGCUGAACGUCCAAGGUUGGCAUACUUACUUUUGGAUUGCUUUUAUUCCCUUUUUCCUGCUACUUGCUGUUGGCACUAAACUCGAGCACGUGAUUAGCCAGCUGGCGCAUGAGGUUGCCGAAAAACACGUGGCCAUCGAGGGCGAAUUGGUCGUUCAGCCGUCUGACGAUCACUUUUGGUUCCAUCGACCCCACAUUGUGCUUUUCUUGAUCCAUUUCAUCCUCUUCCAAAAUGCAUUCGAGAUUGCAUUUUUCUUCUGGAUAUUGGUUCAAUAUGGAUUCGACUCUUGCAUCAUGGGACAAGUUCGGUACAUUGUUCCAAGGCUCGUCAUUGGUGUAUUUAUUCAAGUACUCUGCAGUUACAGUACAUUGCCACUCUAUGCUCUCGUAACUCAGAUGGGAACCAAUUUCAAGAAGUCGAUAUUUGACGAGCACGUGCAAGUUGGGCUUGUUGGGUGGGCGCAAAAGGUAAAGAAGAAGAAAUUUUUGAAGGUGGCAGAAGGUGGCUCGACUCAAAAUGGUUCAACCGAGCACGGUAAUUCUUCACAAGGAAUUCAGUUGACCGGUAAUAACCGUAAGGAAGCCAAGCCACAAAACUGA